UGGUAUAAGUUCUCAAUGUGCCUAACUUGUAUCUGAAGACGCGACGUUACAAUAAGUCUGUUACAAUCUCUUGAAAUGUCAGUUGAAAAGUGCUGCAUCACUUUAUUCAAUACUUUCUAGUUAUCAAUUAUAUUAAUAUCUUGCAUGUGCGCAAAUUGUAAUAAAAAAGAGCUGUACAUUUCUAUCAACGAAGUUUGAGUAAUACAUUAUAUUAUUGUUGUGUAAGAAGAAAUUACUUGAGUGAUUUUCAAGAUUAGCAAGAGCCGGAUAGUAAGAAUCUUGCACCUAAUCGGAGGGGGUCCCCAUUCAAAAUUACAUCAGUCAAACUCCACUCCAUUGUUGCAAAGAUGGGGAAGAUAUAUGAGCGUCGUCUGAAACAGCCAACGCCAAAUGUAUCUGUGGCAGAUGUCAUAUUGAACAAAUUGCGCGAAAACAGCAACCGUGUUUAUGCAAUAGAUGGAUCAACCGGCAAUCGGAUGACAUAUAGAGAACUACUCCAGAAAAGCGUGAAGUUCGCGAAAUUUUUACAAAAAAUUGGCAUAAAAAUCGGGGAUACAAUUGGUAUUGCAACUGAAAAUCGAUUGAAUUGGUUUAUACCAGUUUACGCGAGUAUUUAUCUCGGUGCUAUAGUUGCACCGUACAAUCCUAUCUACACGGAAUAUGAAUUUCUGCACAUAUUAAACAUCGCGAAGCCGCGUAUUGUUUUCGUGUCUCAGCGCACCGAAAAUCUCAUCGCUAAGAUCCUACCAAAGUUAUCCUGGAAAAUGGAUUUAAUACAGCUGGAUAAUCAACCGCUCACACCAAAUGUCCGUACUUUGACAAAUAUUUUAAAUAACGAAUCGGAUGUAGACUAUAUGAGAUAUAAACCUGUAGAAAUCGAUGAUCCCAGUCGGCACCCGUCGGUUAUUCUCUGUUCGAGUGGCACCACGGCUCGCAUCGGCAUAAAAUGCGUUCGCAAUGGCUAUGGCAUGACAGAAUUGUCGAUGGCGACUAAUUUGAGCGGACGCGACGAUGAUGAUAACGAGUUCGAAAAUCUAGGUUGCGGGCAAAUUUUCCCUGGUUUUCUCGGCAAAGUGGUCGAUCCCGAGACACAAGAGACGCUGGAGGCUGGCGAGGUGGGCGAGAUCUGCUAUCUUGGGGAUCAAGUGAUGCUGGGUUACUGGAACAACCCCGAGAUGACUAGACAGAUCAUCGAUCAGGACGGAUGGCUUCACACUGGCGACAUCGGCUAUUUCGACAACAAAGAGAGGCUACACGUGAUCGAUCGCGCCAAGGAACUGAUCAAAUACAAAGGCUCUCAAGUCUCGCCAUCGGAGAUAGAAACCGUCUUACUGUCGCAUCCCGCGGUAAAAGACGCCGCGGUCGCUGCUAAAUCCGAUGAACGCAACGGUGAAGUUCCCGCGGCUUUUGUAGUGAAGCAACCUGGCGCCACGAUUACCGCCCAAGACUUGCAGGAGUUCGUCAAACAGAAACUGUCGACGCAUAAAUGGCUGCACGGCGGGGUGCAAUUUGUUGAUGUUAUACCGAAGAAUCCUUCCGGCAAGAUUCUACGCCGCGAACUUCGAGUAAUGAUCUCUAAACUGUAAUAGUAAAAAUUAUAUGUCAAUAAGCUUACUUAUAAGUAUAUAAAUCUAUUUCAACAAAAAAAAGCAAUUUAUUUAACAGAAUACGAUAAUUUUUAAUAUUUUUCAUAUCGCUAAAAGCAAAUUGGUAAUCGCUCAAGAAAAAUCAUGGUUCGUGUGCUAAAAAACAUUUCCGCGUUAACGAACGUCUCACUGUAAAAAAGAGUGAUAAAACCGCAUUUAUUGCAGCUUCUUGUCGUUAGUUAAUUUGUAAGUAAAUCAUGAUAGAUUAAACGCGAGCGCUCAGUAAAUAGGUUCCACCGCUUGAAUAUAGCGAAACAGUACAGCGAGAGGGUGUUUCAAAUUAUGUCAUACGAUAUUACUCUUGCGCCGACUCGCGGUUCUGCGAAAAUAAGCGAAGGAUCCUGUUGUAUUACAUACGUUGACGAAAAACGCGCGAGCACGCGUGCUUCCAUAUUUUAUUAACAUUUAACAUAUCUACAUGUGUUUAAUAAAAAUAUAGUUUUUUUUAUUAUAAUUUAAGAUUGUUUCUGCUCUGUGAAUUAUAUGUAUAUUUAAAUGGCUGCAGUAUCUUGAUUGUACAAAGGUAGCAUAAUCAAUUGUUUUUUAAUUAGAAACUGUAUGUAAAAUUAAUGAGUCUUUGACUUUUUUAAAUUAAUUAAAAAAUUUAAUCAUUAAAAUAAAUAUGCUUAAAUGAUAUGAAGGGACGAGAAGAUUCUAUAGAAUUUUAUAUUAAUUUAAAUUAUUGAAUUAAUUGUAAUAUAAAAUUUAAGUUUAUAUUUGAUUGUGGAAAGAUUGCUAAAUUUUAUAAACUUUAGUUUAAAUUGAGAUAUAAAUGCAUAGAAGUAAGAAUUUAAAGAAUAAUUAGUAAUAUUAAUAAGAAUUAAUUAUCUUAGGAAUAACAGCAUAAUUAAUACUUUUAAAGAGAUCCUAUUCAUAAAAGUGAUUACUCGAUUGAAUAAAGAUAAAAUUUAGAUGUAGAAGUUUAAAAUUUAAGUCUGUCCGACUUUAAAAAUUUUACAUGAUUUGAAUUUAGACAAUAAUUAUUAUUUACAAUAUCUAACUUAUUUUUUCCUCCAUUGCGAUAAUAUACAGAUUGAACUUCUUACCAAUUCUCGUGUGUUUUCCAGUGAAUCUCCAUAGUACCUAAUUCUGAAAAUAUCUCUUUAUAACAAAAAUUACUCUUUAUAAAUAAAUAACAGAAGUUAUAGCGAA